AUGGUUUUGAUAUCCUGGGUAACGUAUCGUAAAAUAUCAUUGACAACAAUCUUGGUUUUUUUACAGAAGUAUUAACGCGAUAGAGAUAAUUUUCAGGUCGUUUAUUUAACAAAGACGAGGGUUUCGCGGAAUGGUCACGUAAAAUGCUAAAAGCGUACGACAGAAGAGAAGAAUGCUUCACAGACCAAUUUACCAGAUAUUAUAAUAUUAAUUAUGGCAUGCAAACGUCAGCUGAAGAUAUUGCGGACACAAUGGCCUUGAAUUCUGUAUUUAAAGCUUAUAAACGAAGAUUACGAGAACGUGAGAAAGCAGAUGUUGCGUUACCAGGAUUCGAGCACAUGAGUGAUGAGCAACUGUUCUUUUUAUCCUUUGCUAAUACAUGGUGUGGAGUGUUAGCCCCAGAAAAAAUGGAAACGAAAUUAAGACAGGAUUCACACAGUCUUGGUUUGUUACGAGUGAUUGAAUCGGUAUCCAAUUCGAAAGAUUUUGCUGAAGCCUACAAUUGUCCAUUGAACAGCCCUAUGAAUCCUAAAGAGAAAUAAUAUUUUAUCAGAAAAAAAAUUUCAUGGUUGUUUCCUCGGUAUAAAAUUCCACAGCCACCACAGUCAUUCUCGUAUUCACGUAUAUGGUGGGAAGGAAAAGACUGGAUGCCACGUCGAAAGCCUAACUCGAUCGCAUCCUUAA